AUGCAUCAACUAUCGGAUGGUCCGGCAUUGAGUGUUUGUUUCAAUGCAUCCGUGUCGUCUUCGAACCUAUCCACACGAAAAGUACGAUUAAGUGAUCGUGAAUUAUAUCACCGUGUUCAGCGAGUGGUUGUACCCGAUAGUCAUUUAGAACUUCAAACCCUCUCGUCCAAACGCGGAUGGAAACGCAUUCGAAUUGGGGUCACGAGUGGUAUGAAAGUACACUUUCGGCUAGAAAGUGCUCCGUCACAACAAUGCCAAGUUGUCUGUGGAGGUGAGAUUCGAGCUCACAUUUCCGAGGUACUCGCAUUCUUAAGAGCUCCAACUGAGAGCGAAAGCAAUGCGCUGCUACGAGCUUUGUAUGGCUCACACUUUAUCUAUAGUUCGCUCUUGCAUGCUAUACCGAAUACCGAACGCUGUUCAUUACCAUCAUCAUCAGAGACUAAUAUUGUAGCUAGUGGACAACAACUUAUGGUUCGCACAGCAAGUUUUGCACAUAAGGGAUUGGCCUUUUAUCAGCGACGAUCAACUGCUACCAUCUUGUCCGACUCGAUCAGGACAUCAGAUUUACGAAACUUAAGUCAACGGCAAACGUCCGGAGUCAAGAACGAACAAUGCUGCUAUAUUGAACUCUUAACACCUACACAAGAAGGGUUUAAGCUGUCAUUUUGUACACUUGAUGCGGCCGAUGUGUUGGCAGGAAAAGCUCCACCUGAUCGCGUGAUACCACUACAUCCAAUGUCAGGCUGGUUAAUAGCAGAGCCUAGUCAUCACAAUCCAGAAAUGCUUCAAAUUACGUGUCAAGCCGCAUUUCCAGGCAAUGUAACUGGUGGUUGCGACGUUCGAGUGGCUCAAGACCGACUCAUCUUUCUUGCUAAGGGUAUUUGUAGAUUGGAAAAAGUACUUCGUCGACGUCGACGACAUUAUCGACAGGAACGAUCAGCACCUGGUCGAGUUUGGCAAGCACUAUUGAAUACCUUUCGAGUUAUUGGAGUUGUCGACUCGAAGGAUAAACACUCGGAUGCAACGCAUCACAAUUGGUACUGUAUCGCCUGUACUCGGCCAUUUCUUCCAACACUUCGCAAAAAUUGGCGACGGUGUGAUUUGUGUGCGUAUCGAGUGUGCGACGAGCCAGCGUGUUGUUCGCACGAACAAGUUGCGAUUUACAAUCGCUACAUCGCGCGAUUGUCAGUGUGUGCACGUUGUCGAGAGUGUAUUAACGAACGAGAGAGCGAUCAUCGCACUAGUGGGAAUCCAAUACGAAGCAGCAAAGGAGACUUUCGUUACACAGGUGUCAGUCUGCGAUAUGCUGGUCGAGAGAGUGAUUUUGAACCGGACUUUGAAAUGGAUCGUUCCGACCGCAGCCACGGUAGGUGGGGACCAAAUGGAUAUCGACGACUGAGUGGAGGGCUGCAAUGUAAGCGAAGGACUCAAUCUGACCCACCACCUAUGCUAACUCUCGCUUUUUCAAGCUCUGGCGAUGAAAGUAAUUCUCCCGCAACGGACGCAGCACGGGGAGCGCGUACGCAACGUUAA